AUGACCGCACGGAUCUCACAAAAUGGCCCAGAUAUCAGACUGUGUCCGUAUUUCCUUGACACUGUCAUGAACAUAAGCGAUGGACUGACUGCACCACCCCGGAUGUUAACGGACAAGAAAUGGGGACUGUGGGAAGUCAGUUUGGAUGAACUUGGUCACCGCAACCUUGCAUUUGUGACAACCCAUGUGCUGUCCCAUUCAGGGAUCCUCGUCGGACACAUGAGAGCUAGUGGCAUACCGGGACUACGAGAAGGGGGUGGCUUCACAGAGGUCGCCCACGACGGCCAAUUUAGCCUUAAUAACGCUGUCCAAAACGCCGGCAAGUAG